AUGCCUGGCGUCCGUGGAUCGAUGCGACUCGUGCCGCGUCUCACAGUGCCGGCGCUGCUUCACUUGCCGCGGCAUCGUCUUCAACGUACACUGCUGCAGCACUGUGUAGCUCCUCAGCGUCGUCCCUGGAGCACGGACAAAGUCACUGGGAUAUCUCAACCGGCUUCUCGUCGCCAAUACAUUAGUCUGUACAACUACACCCCUCUGCACAAGGACGAGCUGCCUCAGCUCCGUCAAGAACUGAUGAGUCACUGGGGCGCACUGGGAGCACUUGGACGCGUGUACAUUGCCGAAGAAGGUGUCAACGGUCAGCUGGUCGUGCCGGAAGCAGUGGUAAGCGCUUUCGAGCAGUCGUUUCCGCGCUUGCUACGCCACGCGAAGCUCUUUCACGGCCACUUGUUUGACCAACACGAGCGCAGCAGCGAUGCGACUCUGUGCCGAGCAAAGUCUGCUGAGCCGUUCAAGAAGCUCGACGUCCGUGUGCGGGAUCAGAUUCUGCACGACGGCUUUGAGCGUGGAGCUCUGCAUCUGCAAGACGCAGGGCACGAGUUGUCGCCUGAACAGUGGCAUCGCAAGCUUCAAACGAGAAACAACGAGCGAGACUCGCAAGUGCUGGUGCUCGAUGUGCGCAAUUUCUACGAGCACGAGAUCGGGCGCUUUGACGGAGCGACGCGGGUCAUGGUCGACACGUUCCGAGAUACGUUUGACGCGCUGGAUGAGAUUCUCGAGGAUCAUGAACGGAAGCAUGAUGGACAGAAACCUACAGAGGUCAUGGCGUACUGCACUGGGGGCAUUCGAUGCGAAAAGGUCGCUGCGUACUUGACGCAGUACAAGGGCAUAUCAAACGUGCAAAAGCUGCGUGGCGGGAUCGUGAACUACAUGCGCUUUGUGACAGAGCAGCGUCAGCACAUGCGAUCCCGGUCCACGGCCGACAACAGAGGCUCAACGAGCGACGAUGGCCGCAUGGAGGAGGAAGUGUCGUUGUUCAAGGGCAAGAACUUUGUGUUCGACCAGCGGUGUGUGAGUGACUCGAGCGCGUCAGAACAGGUGACGGACGACGUGUUGGGUCGGUGCUUUCAGUGUGGCGAGCCGUGCAAUCGUCACACGAACUGCAGCAAUACGAUGUGUCAUGGCCUGAUUUUGCAGUGCCCGACGUGCGCUAGAAGCAUGUCGAAGGCAUGCAGUGAGGCGUGCAGGCGAGAAGCUGUCAAGAUGAUGGCGAUGACUCCGGACGAGCAACGCAAGUACAGGAAGGCGAACGCCUUGAAGUGGAAGCCGAAGAACCCAAACUCGGUGAAGUUUAUUCGAUUCAGACCAGCUUCCCGUGAGUUGCUGGUCAACGCAUAA